CAUGGUUGUGGAUGGGACGACGACGAAGGCAGGAGGGGCAAACCUCCAUGGGACGGGUCGCCACCAAGGAGAUGGAGCUCCUUCUCCAUCCAAUUUGGCAAUCUCCGGCCUCCUCCUCCAGAUCCUCGCCGACCACGAGCCCCUCACCAUCAGCAACACCUGGAACCAUGCCAAGGUCACCCAUCCUCGAGGAGCAGAAGGAGGGACGUAUCUAGCUGGCCAUCAAGGGCUUGCUUUGCUCCUCUUCUUCCUUGACCAUCGGUACCACCACGUUCCCGGGCUUCCAAGGCGCGCCAGCACACCGCCGCCAUGCCUCCUCUGCUCUCCGGGCUCGGACCAAUCGCUCGACCCUUCAGCACAAGCCCUGCAGCAGCCGACGUGGGUUCAGGUUAGUGAGAAGCAUCAGGAGGAGGAGCUCAAGCACGACCACCAAGAGGCACCACCGCAGCAGCAGAUGAGUCCGUCGAUGAAGCGGCAGCGUCUCCUCUAGAGGGUGACGGUGGUGGCGGCGCCUGUGUGCGGCUUCGACUACAACCUCCUCUCUGGAGCUCCAGGCCUAAGAAAGUUGGAAGUGCGAAGACAUGAAGAAAAGCGCGAAGCCAUGAAGUGCUACUCAGCAAAGAGUUGUCUGUUCUAUUUGACUGUAAUAUUGUAAUAGCUGCUAUACCUAGGUUGUAAUAGUCUACAGAAAUUAUAGUGCACUAAUAUAGUGUCAUUUGACGAGUUUC